GGGAGGCAGAGUGACAGAGGCUGAGAGGAGGGCACACUGAGACAGGAAGCCGCCUGCAGGCUGGGAGUGGCCGGGCCUAUAAAAGACGACUCUUCUUCCUCCUUUCUGCAUUCGACUGCUCUCUCUCUUCUUCUUCACACCCAAGACUCUACCUGCACAGGAUGUCGUGGAACGCCUACAUCGACAGCAUGAAGACAGCCGACCAGAGCGGGACGGCCCCGGUGGCACAAGCUGCCAUCUGUGGCUGCACAUCUGGGCAGGAGAGCGUCUGGGCCGGCACACUGCAAGUCACGGCUGAUGAGAUCAAGAAGCUGUGUGCCAGCGACCGAUCGAGCUUCGCUCAGAACGGCGUUUAUAUCGCCGGAAGGAGGUGCCGGCUGAUCCGAGACCAGCUGGACGUAGACCCGAUGUUUGCGAUGGACGUGAAGACUGCAGCAGAUGCUGAAGGAAACACGUACAGCAUCUGUGUCGGGAAGACAAAACAAGCAAUAGUCAUAGCCAUGGGCACAAAAGAUGCCUCUGGUGGACAGGUGUCCAACAAGGUUCACACCGUGGUGGAACACCUGCGGAAAGCUGGUUAUUAAGACAACACGGCCACCUUUACCUCCUUCAUCGGCACACGAGUCGGACGCCACCCCCCCCUCCUCCCUGCGUUUCAACCUCUGUGCUUCUGUAGUUUUUUUUUUUUUUUUUUUUAAGCAUUUUAAUCCUCAGGUGUAUUUCCUGCUGCGAGAGGUGAAUGAGAGCAUUUUAUCUCUGCAGCUGUUAGCCUGUCCACACAUGACCUGAUGUACACCUCAUGUUUAAAACAGGGAGGCAGUGUUAGCAUGUUUUUUUACAGUGGAGACGGACCAGCGUCCAGUCAGAGCUCUGUGGAAACCAGCUGCACACCUGAAAGAAAUAAAACAAACAUGGUUAUUCUUACA